GAAACUAUUAAAAGCUUGCGUAUCAAGAGAGUUAUUGCUUAUGAAGAGAAACUCGUUCUUCUACAUUUCCAAGCUGAUUCAGGCUUUUCAGACAGUACCUUCUACUUGUGUGCGUUAACCAAAUGGCUUCUGCAAUGUUUCGGUUCAUCGCAGCUUUAGGAAGAGAUAUGACUGUUGCAAACACGUUUGGAUCUUUUGGGUUACUUCUAGUCAUUGUUCUGGGUGGAUUUGUUCUGUCACGAAAUGAAGUGAAGAAAUGGUGGAAAUGGGGUUACUGGAUCUCACCUAUGAUGUAUGGGCAGAAUGCUAUAGCCGUGAAUGAAUUCCUGGGAAACAGUUGGAAGCAUGUGCUUCCUGAUACAACAGAGCCACUGGGAGUUCUAGUCUUGAAGUCUCGCGGGCUAUUCCCAGAAGAACAUUGGUUUUGGCUUGGAGUAGGAGCAUCGAUUGGAUUUGCUUUUCUAUUCAAUAUUCUGUUCACCUUGGCUCUAUCUUAUCUCAAUCCUUUUGGAAAGCCUCAGGCAGUAAUAUCAGAAGAAAACCCAGUUGAAAAACAUAGGGACAGAAAAGGGAAGUUUAUUGAACUAUCACAGAAUGAAAGAGGAGCUGACUUUAAAAGAAGUGUAGCAUCAGAAUCAGCAUGUGCAACAAACAGCCCAAGUAAUGUGGCUAAUCAGAACAAGAAACGAGGAAUGAUUCUUCCAUUUGUACCUCUUUCCCUCUCUUUUGAUGAAAUCAGCUAUGCAGUGGACAUGCCUCAGGAUAUGAAAGCACAAGGUUUUACAGAAGAUCGACUGGUACUUCUAAAGGCUGUGAGUGGUGCUUUCAGGCCAGGAGUCCUUACUGCUCUAAUGGGUGUUAGUGGCGCUGGGAAGACAACUCUGAUGGAUGUUUUGGCUGGGAGGAAAACUGGUGGAUACGUUGAGGGAAGUAUAAUGAUAUCUGGAUAUCCAAAGAAACAAGAAACAUUUUCUAGAAUAUCAGGUUAUUGUGAACAAAAUGAUAUUCACUCUCCUCACAUUACAGUCUAUGAGUCACUACUUUACUCUGCAUGGCUCCGUCUGCCUCCUGAAGUUGAUACAACAACCAGAAAGAUGUUUAUUGAGGAGGUCAUGGACCUAGUGGAGCUUACCUCAUUAAGUGAAGCCCUUGUUGGAUUGCCUAGCGUUACUGGUCUUUCAACUGAGCAGCGCAAGAGGCUGACGAUUGCAGUUGAGCUUGUUGCCAACCCAUCUAUAAUAUUCAUGGAUGAGCCAACCUCAGGCCUCGAUGCUAGAGCAGCUGCAAUAGUGAUGAGAACAGUGAGGAACACAGUCAACACAGGACGAACAGUGGUAUGCACCAUCCACCAGCCAAGCAUUGAUAUAUUUGAUUCCUUUGAUGAGCUAUAUCUUUUGAAAUCCGGAGGAGAAGAAAUAUAUGUAGGCCCAAUAGGCCAGCAGGUUUCAUAUUUGAUCAGUUAUUUUGAGGGAAUUAGGGGAAUUAGCAAAAUUAGAGAUGGCUAUAAUCCGGCUACAUGGAUGUUGGAAGUGACUACAGCAGCACAAGAAAGAGCUCUAGGGGUUAAUUUUGCCGAUGUAUACAAGAAUUCAGAACUAUACAGGAGAAACAAAGCAAUGAUCAAGGAACUUAGUAAACCUCAGCCUGGUUCAAAAGAUCUGUACUUCCCUACUCAAUACACACAAUCUUUCCUGACCCAGUGUUUGGCUUGCCUUUGGAAACAACACUGGUCAUAUUGGCGGAACCCACAGUACAGUGCAGUAAGACUGUUAUUCACAAUUUUCAUAGCUUUUAUGUUUGGGACAAUAUUCUGGGAUCUUGGUUCCAAGAGGAGAAAGCAGCAAGACAUCUCCAAUGCUGUAGGUUCCAUGUAUUGUGCUGCUCUAUUCAUUGGAAUACAGAAUUCUGCAUUGGUGCAGCCAGUAGUUGCUGUUGAGAGAACAGUUUUCUAUAGAGAAAGAGCAGCUGGAAUGUAUUCUGCUUUACCAUAUGCCUUCGGACAGCUCAUGAUUGAGCUCGGGUACAUUAUUGUUCAGGCUGUCAUAUAUGGAGGACUGGUGUAUGCCAUGAUUGGAUUCGAGUGGACAGUUACCAAGUUCUUCUGGAAUCUCUUCUUCACGUUCUUAACAUUCUUAUACUUCACUUUCUUUGGGAUGAUGACAGUGGCCAUCACUCCAAACCAAACCAUAGCUGUUGUAGUUGGUACAUUCUUCUAUGCAGUGUGGAACCUUUUCUCAGGUUAUUUCCUUCCACGAUUGCAUAUGCCAGUGUGGUGGAGAUGGUUUUACUGGGCAUGUCCUUUUGCUUGGACGUUGUAUGGAUUGGUUGCAUCACAGUUUGGAGACGUCAAAGACAUGCUUGAGACUGGUGAAACAGUGGAAGAAUAUAUUAGGAGUUAUUUUGGUUUUAGACAUGACUUCCUAGGAGUGGUUUCCAUUGUGAUUGUUGGGAUAACACUUCUCUUUGGAGUCAGCUUUGCCUUUUCAAUAAAGGCAUUCAACUUCCAGAAAAGGUGAUGGAGGAAGGUGCUCAUAAUUUACUAACUGCAUACCCUAAAGUAAAAUAUUCCCACUUUUCUUACACAAUGAGAUGAUAAUUUACUCAAUCAAAAGGACACUUCAAAGCAAAGAGAAGCACUGAGACCAAUCAAUGGACCAAUGGUUCUAGUUCCAGAAGAUCUAAGUCAAGAUGUUUGAAUUGGUAAAAAUUUCUUAGGGACUUAAUUUGUGAUAAAUUUUAUUGUCUAAGAAAAACAUUUAAGUAAAUAUGGGAAUCCUCAUGCCUAUUUCUAUUAUCUCCCUUGAGUCUCAUUGAUGCCAUGGUGGGGCGGGCGAUUAAGCUAUGACUCAGCUGGUCUUGAGGGUGCGUCUACGGUUUUCACCAUUUAGGUCCCUCCUGAGCAGUCCUCUGC